GGGUUCCCGGGGUUUGGGGUUCCGGCUGCGGGGCUCCCUGUGCCGCGGUGGCGGGGCUGUGGCCGUGGCGCUGUCGCGGCUGUCCCCACACCGUGGCCUGUCGCAGCGGGGUGUCGCUGGCCCGCGCUCACUUCGAGAAGCAGCCCCCGGCCAACCUGCGCAAGUCCAACUUCUUCCACUUCGUGCUGGCCAUGUACGACCGCCAGGGCCAGCCCGUGGAGGUGGAGCGCACCUGCUUCAUCGACUUCGUGGAGAAGGAGAGGGAGCAGAACGGGGAGAAAACCAACAACGGGAUCCACUACCGGCUGCAGCUGCUCUACAGCAACGGGCUUCGGACCGAGCAGGAUUUGUACGUCCGCCUCAUUGACUCCAUGUCCAAGCAGGCCAUCAUUUACGAGGGGCAGGACAAGAACCCCGAGAUGUGCCGGGUGCUGCUGACGCACGAGAUCAUGUGCAGCCGCUGCUGUGACAAGAAGAGCUGCGGGAACCGCAACGAGACCCCCUCGGACCCCGUCAUCAUCGACAGGUUUUUCCUCAAGUUUUUCCUCAAGUGCAACCAGAACUGCCUGAAAAACGCCGGGAACCCGCGGGACAUGCGGCGCUUCCAGGUGGUGGUGUCCACCACGGUGCACGUGGACGGCCACGUCCUGGCCGUGUCCGACAACAUGUUCGUCCACAACAACUCCAAGCACGGCCGGCGCGCCCGGCGCCUCGACCCCUCCGAAGCAGCCACCCCCUGCAUCAAGGCCAUCAGCCCCAGCGAGGGCUGGACCACGGGCGGUGCCACCGUCAUCGUCAUCGGGGACAACUUCUUCGAUGGCCUCCAGGUGCUCUUCGGCACCGUGCUGGUGUGGAGCGAGCUCAUCACCCCCCACGCCAUCCGCGUGCAGACCCCCCCCCGCCACAUCCCGGGGGUCGUGGAGGUGACAUUGUCCUACAAGGCCAAGCACUUCUGCAAGGGCGCCCCGGGACGCUUCGUCUACACCGCCCUGAACGAGCCCACCAUCGAUUACGGGUUCCAGCGGCUGCAGAAGGUGAUCCCGCGGCACCCCGGGGACCCCGAGCGCCUGCCCAAGGAGGUGCUGCUGAAGCGCGCGGCCGACCUGGUGGAGGCGCUUUAUGGGGUCCCCCACAGCAACCAGGACGUGCUGCUGAAGCGGGCGGCCGACGUGGCCGAGGCGCUCUACAGUGUCCCCAGGGCCCCCGCGCAUGUCACUGUCCCCUCCUUCGGCGGGGGACAGCUCGGCCUCGCCAUGGGCGACUCCCCGCAGGGCUCCGAGCAAGGGUUCUCGCGCAGCCCCGGGACGCCCCCGGCGCGGGGGUUCGGCCCCCCGGGCUCGGCCCCCCAGCAGGGCUUUGCCGGGGCCACCGGGGGCUUUGGCGGGGCCACCAUGGCCGGGCUGGGGGUCCCCGGGUCCCCUCCGAGCUUCCUGAACGGCUCCACCGCCACCUCCCCGUACGCCAUCCUGCCCGCCAGUCCCCCGCUGGGCGCCUCGUCCGUCGCUGUCACCUCGGGCCCGGGCACGGCCACCUCUCCCGGUGGCUUCUCCUUCUCUCCGGUGACGAUGAUCUCGGCCGUGAAGCAGAAGAGCGCCUUCGCGCCCGUGCUGCGGCCACAGGGGUCCCCCCCGCCCGCCUGCGCCAGCGCCCUGCAAGACCCAGCUUUCGAGGACUCGGACAAAUUCCACGCUCCGGCGCGGCCGCUCCAGGGAUUGGCCUAUUCCUAAGGACGGCAUCUCCGGAGGGGCUCCGGACCCCCCAUCCCACCGGGACAAGGACUGGGGACGUCCCUGUCCCCCGUGCCCUCCCCUCAGAGCUGGGCGGAGCCGCCACGCCGAGCGGGAUGAGGGGACCCGGCCCCCCGAUGUCCCCACCCCGGGUGGCCCCGGCCUGGCCCGGCUGAGGGGGGACUUGGGGAAGUCCUGGAAUGAGCCAAAAUUCCUGGGGUUGGCCUUGGGAAGAGGCGGAGAGAGCCGGGAAUGGGGCGGAGGAGGGAGCGGGGUGGAGGCGCCGGGAUGGGCGGGAGGGGUGGUCCAGGAUGGGGUGGAAGCUCCAGAAAAGGAUGGAUGAUCCAAGGUGGGAUGGAUGAUCCAAGGUAGGAUGGAUGAUCCCAGUUGGGAUGGAUGCUCUGGAAAAGGAUGGAUGAUCCAAGGUGGGAUGGAUAAUCCAAGGUGGGAUGGAUGCUCUGGAAAAGGAUGGAUGAUCCCAAGUUGGGAUGGAUGCUCUGGGAUGAGAUGGAUCAUCCAAGGUGGGAUAGAUGCUUCAAGUGGGAUGGAUGAUCCAUGUGGGAUGGAAGCUCCAAGGUGGGAUGGGUGAUCCAAGGUGGGAUGGAUGCUUCAGGUGGGAUGGAUGAUCCAAGGUGGAAUUGGAGCUCUGGAAAAGGAUGGAUGAUCCAAGGUAGGAUGGAUGAUCCAAGGUAGGAUGGAUGAUCCAAGGUAGGAUGGAUGCUCCAGGUCAGGAUGGAUGUUCCAAGGUGGGAUGAAUGUUCCAAGGUGGAAUGGAAGCUCUGGGAUGAGAUGGAUGAUUCAAGGUGGAAUGGAUGAUCCAAGGUGGGAUAGAUGAUCCAUGUGGGAUGGACGUUCCAAGGUGGGAUGGAAGCUCUGGAAAAGGAUGGAUGAUCCAGGUUGGGAUGGGUGAUCCUGGUUGGGAUGGAUGCUCUGGGAUGAGAUGGAUCAUCCACGGUGGGAUGGAUGCUUCAGGUGUGGGAUGGAUGUUCCAAGGUGGGAUGGAAGCUCUGGAAAAUGAUGGAUGAUCCAGGUGGGAUGGAUGAUCCAUGUGGGAUGGAUGCUCCAGGUCAGGAUGGAUGAUCCAAGGUGGGAUGGAAGCUCUGGAAAAGGAUGGAUGAUCCAAGGUGGGAUGGAUGAUCCAGGUUGGGAUGGAUGCUCCAAGGUGGGAUGGAAGUUCCAGGAUGGGUUGGAUGGUCCAGGUGGGAUGGAUGCUCUGGGAUGAGAUGGAUAAUCCCAGGUUGGGAUGCAUGAUCCAGGAUGGGCUGGAUGCUCCAGGGUGGGAUGGAUGUUCCAAGGUGGGAUGGAAGUUCUGGAAAAGGAUGAUCCAAGGUGGGAUGGAUGAUCCAGGAUGGGAUGGAUGAUCCAAGGUGGGAUGGAAACUCCAGGUGGGAUGGAUGAUCCAAAAUGGGAUGGAUCUUCCAAGGUGGGGUGGAUGAUUCAGGAGGGGUGAAAGCUCUGGAAUGGGAUGGAUGAUCCAAGAUGGAAGGGAUGAUCCAAGAUGGGAUGGAUGCUCUGGAAAACGAAGGAUGAUCCAAGGUGAGAUGAAUGAUCCAAGGUGGGAUGGGUACUCCGGGAUGGAAGGGAUGUUCUAGGUGGGAUGGAAGCUCUGGAAAAGGAUGGAUGAUCCAGAUGGGAGGGAUGAUCCAAUGGAUCAUGGAUGCCCUGGAAUAGGGUGGAUAUUGAGGAUUAGAGGGAUGCGCCAGGAGAAGAUGGAUGCUCCUGGGCAGGGGGGAUGAUCUGGAGUGGGAUGGGUGGAUGGAUGGAUGGAUGGAUGGAUGGAUGGAUGGACGGAUGGAUGGAUGGAUGGAUGGAUGGAUGGAUGGAUGGAUGGAUGGAUGGAUGAAUGAUGGAUGGAUGGAUGAAUGAUGGAGGGAUGCAGGGAUGGAUGGAUGAGGGAUGGAUGAUGGAGGGAUGGAUGAAUGAUGGAUUGAUGGAUGGAUGGAUGGAUGGAUGGAUGAUGGAUGGAUGGAUGGAUGGAUGGAUGGAUGGAUGGAUGGAUGGAUGGAUGGAUGGAUGGAUGGAUGGAUGGAUGGAUACUCCAAGGCAGGAGGGCUGAUCUGGGACAGGAUGGAUGCUCCCAGGAGAGAUGGAUGCUCCAAGGUGGGACGGAUGCUCCGGGUGGGAAUAUCCUGGAUCCCCCAGGACGGGAUGGAUGCUCUGGUGGCACCCGGCUCCCCCCACCUUUCCCGGCUCUCUCCCUGCUCCAAUCCAGAGCCUCACCCACAAUUCCAGAACCCGAUCCCAGAAUCCCAGAUCCCGGAUCUCCGCCUGUCCGGGAUCAGGAUCCUGAUGCCACCUGAGGCGUGGGGACACCGCGGUCCCUGUCCCCUGCCACUAAUUAUCGCCAUUAUUAAUGAUAUUAAUUAUCAGAAUUAUUGUGACCACAGGGAGGGGGGAGGUCCCUGGGUGUCCCUGGGUGUCCCUGUCCCCUCCCCCAGCCGGGAAUUUUGUACAUAAAACGGGAAAAUUUCCCAGCAUUCCCCCUUUUCCCCCGCUCGGGGGGGGCUCGUGUCCCUCCCCUCCGUGUCUGUCCCCUCUCGGUGUCACAGCGUGUCCCCCCCACCCCGGGCUGGGGGGUGACCCUUGGGGACAAUGUCCCCCCCCCGCCUCGCGGAGGUGGCGCAGGGCGUGGCCGGGGGCCCGAAUGGGAAUUAAAGACC